AAUGUAUUCAAUUCUUUCCAUCUUCCUCCAAAUUAAACUUCUCUUCAUAUAUAUCCCCUUUAUACAAACAUCAAACUUAUAUUUCUGCAAAACCCAUAGAAUCAACAAAAAAAAAAAAACCUAAUUUUACUCAAAAAAGCAAAAAAAUGGAUUCCAAUUCCAAAACUUUGAAAAUCCUAAUGUUUCCAUUCAUAGCUCACGGACACAUCACCCCCUUUCUCGAACUGGCGAAGAAGCUUUCUUCCAGAAACUUCCACAUCUACUUCUGCUCCACUUCAGUCAACCUCGACUUCAUCAAAGACACCCUCACCGGAGAUUCCUCGUACAGAAUCGAACCGGUCGAGCUGCAUCUCCCUUCUCUCCCUCAGCUCCCGCCGAAAUUCCACACCACCAAGAACAUCCCGCCCCAUCUCCGGCCGCUGCUGAUGCAGGCCUUUCAGCAAUCGAGCUCGAGCUUCUCGACUUUGCUGUCGAAGUUGAGCCCUAAUUUGCUGAUAUACGAUGUUCUGCAGCCGUGGGCGGCGAAGCUCGCGGCGGCGGAGGGCAUCCCGGCGGUCCUUUUCUUCACCGGCGGCGCGGCGGCGGGAUCGCUCCUGCAUCACUGGCACUCGCGCGGCGGGAGUUUUGAGGAUUUCCCCUUCGAGGAAUUGAGUUUGCGAGAGCACGAGAAGAGGGGAUUGGUUGCGAGUAAGAGAUUUGUGAAGGUUGAAGAUGAAGAAUUAGGGUUUUUAUUUGGGGUUUUUGAGCUGUCGAGGGAUGUCGUGUUGAUCAAGAGCUGCAGAGGGGUUGAAGGGAAGUAUAUGGAUUAUCUCUCUACGUUGUGUGAGAGAAAGCUCGUUGCUACCGGUCCUUUGAUCACGCGCGGCGGCGACGGCGGCGGAGAGAUAAUGGAGUGGCUGAGCAUGAGGGAGAGGGGCUCGACUUUGUACAUCUCUUUUGGGAGUGAGAAUUUCAUGAGCGAGAAGGAGAUGGUGGAGAUCGCGAAAGGGUUGGAGAUGGUUGAGGUGGGAUUCAUUUGGGUUGCGAGGCCGCCGGGAGGGGCGGCGGCGGCGGCGGUGCCGGAGGGUUUUGCGGAGCGGGUGAAGGGGAGGGGGAUGGUGGUGGAGAGAUGGGCGCCGCAGGCGGCGAUCUUGGCGCAUCCGAGCGUGGGGGGUUUCAUGAGCCACUGCGGGUGGAGCUCGAUCACGGAGAGCUUGUAUUUCGGGGUUCCGGUGGUGGCGCUGCCGUUGAAGAUUGAUCAGCCGGGGAAUGCGAGGCUGGUGGUGGCGGCCGGGGCCGGGGUGGAGGUGGAGAGGGACGAGGAGGGCGGGUUUGGCGGGGAGGCGGUGGCGAGGGCCGUGCGGGCCGCGGUGGUGGAGGGCGGCGAAGGGAUGAGGCGGAGGGCGGCGGAGCUGGGGGAGAGGAUGAGGGUGGAGGAAGAUGGAGGCGUUGAGGAAGUGGUGGAGGAGUUGUCAAGAAUUUGCAUGAAGAAAUGAGGGUUUUGUUGGUGGAGUGAUAAUUAAUUUGCAUGGAGAAAUAAGGGUUUUGUUGUCGGGUGAUUUAAUUUGUAGAGUGAUUUGAGUGUAUGAGAAAUAGUAAAAUUUAUUCGAAUAUUAAUUAUCGAUUAGCUAGGUUAUUAUUGGUUAAUUAUCGAAUUUAUAUGAAUAAAUAAUAUAAUUUUCGUCGUUGUAUUGUA